ACGUCUUGGUCAACUGACUUCGAUGUGGCUCUGCCAGAAAGUCGCGACCACAAUGAAACUACCUUUACCAACAUCAUGACGGCCACUGAUAGGUUUACCAAGCGCAAGAACCAUUACUACGGUUGAUGCAGCAUACCCUAUGCUACACAUCAGCAAACCACACGGCCUUCCUAAAGAAAUGGUCACAGACCGCGGCACCCAAUGGGACUCUGGGUUCUUCCGCGAGCUCUCAAAACUCCUCAGCAUCCAGCAAUCAAUGUCAUCAGCAUGGCAUCCUCAAUGUCUCUCCCUUCUUUGCAGACCGUGGGCGCAAUAUGCGCAGCCUUUCACCAGACCAGCAGGCACCAUCACCUUCGUCAAGCGAUCGCGCGCCCGCGCCUGUCAGACUUCUGAGAGAAGACGUGACAGGCUCCGCCCGGCGAAGAAACUUGACAACAAGCGCAUCGGCCCCUUCAAGAUUGAAAAGAGAAUAACAAACGCGUUCUUCUCUGCUUACUACUCUGCAGUCAUACAAACUGUGGAAUUGACGUGUUUCAAGAUUAUUUACUGCCAACCACUUGAUAGAAGUCGGCGAAUCCCGGUAGAUGCGGAGAUGCGGGAGUGAUCAGAUCAGCCGACCGUCACUUGCGUCAAUCACCACAAUUCAACUUUCUUCCUUCCUUUCCAACAAUCCUUUGUAGAACGCGAAAAACCAAAUACAUGCGGCCCUACUGCAGUCUCCUUACAACUUCCAUCCGCCGCACUUUCUCGAAGCAAUCACCACGCAUGGCCCUCUACAACAGCC